UUAAUGGUUCGCUAAUGGUUUGUAAAGGUAUUUGUAGUGGAAACCAUCUUUAUUUUGCAGGGUUAUGUGUUUAAUAUGUACAUGUUUGGAUUAUACGCCCAUGAUAUCUGUGGAAUUCCUGGAUGUUUUGUUUCCUGGUUGCGUGAGAACAUAGUGCACUCGAAUACACAGAACCCAUUGAGGGCGCUGUGUGUGUGGAGAACGUCUUCCGGGAGGGGCGUGGCCUAGGGUUGGUCGAGAGCUCCGCCUCCGCGGUUUGAUUGACGUCUGCCCUUGAGCUCGCAAAACAAACUGAUCAAGCGUGGCGCUGGGAGAGAAAGAUCACAAUCAAAGCGCGAGCUCGGUGCGUGUGUGUGCGCGUGCGGGACGAAGCAGCAGUGCCGGUUGGUGUUGAGCGCGAGGAGUGGGAGCUUAUCUCUAUAUCUCAGUACAGGACAGGUUCAUGGACGCCGGUUAGUGUGUGUGUGUGUGUGUGUGUGUGUGUGUGUGUGCGCGCGCGCGCGCGUGUGUGUGUGUAUAAGUGUGUGUGCAGUGGGACUGAUAAAGUAACCGCCUGGUAAGCGUUUGGUAGAUGAUGUUGGGUAAACACGGUGUUUCUUGCGGGUUUUAAGGCGUUUUCUGAGACGUUAAUAAACUUCUCCCUGAGCUCUGGACUUUAUUGGGACUGCUUCGUGACAUGGACGUGAGAAGAAAGAUCACCUUCUGCUGCGACAAGUAAACCCAGUAAAACUUCACUGUUGGGUGUGUGCUGAGAAGCGAUAUGGCUUUAAUAUGAAGACGGGAGAGUUGUGCGUGAAAAGCUGCGGGUGAAACACGCACCAUGGAGAAGGCAAACGGCACGCGAGCACCGCAGCAGCCUCAGUUUCGCAUCAACGUCCCGAGCACAGCCAGGGAAAGAGCCACCAGCGUGGAUCCGUACGGCUUCGAGAGAUCGAACGACUUUGAUUACGAGUCCUAUGAAGAGCUCAUGUCUGAGUAUUUGACUGUUCUCACCAAAAGGUCGAUCAAGUGGUCAAAACUGCUGCAGGGGAAGAGCCGCAUCGAGAAGACCCUUAAAUUAAAGCGCUAUGUACGGAAAGGGAUCCCGAACGAAUACCGAGCUUUGAUCUGGAUGGCAGCAAGCGGCUCCCAGGAGCAGAUGGAGAAGAAUCCAGGCUACUACCAUUCACUCCUCCAUGCGCAACACGACCCUACACUGGUGGAGACCAUCCGCACAGAUUUGCACAGGACAUUCCCAGACAACGUGCAGUUCAGGAAGACAGCUGAGCCCUGCCUGCAGAAGCCCUUGUAUAACGUCCUGCUGGCGUACGGACACCACAACCAGGCGGUGGGAUAUUGCCAGGGGAUGAACUUUAUCGCUGGGUACCUCCUCCUCAUCACCAAAGAUGAAGAGAAGUCCUUCUGGCUGAUGGAAGCUCUGCUAGGCAGGAUACUACCAGAUUACUACACGCCAGCCAUGUUGGGCCUGAAGACAGACCAGGAGGUGCUUGGAGAGCUGGUGAAGGUGAAAGUGCCAGCCGUUUGGCAGGCCAUGGUGGAACACAACGUCAUGUGGACACUGGUGGUGUCGCGCUGGUUCAUCUGCCUCUUUAUUGACGUCCUCCCUGUAGAGACUGUUCUACGCAUCUGGGACUGCCUUUUCUACGAGGGCUCCAAGAUCCUAUUCCGUGUGGCGCUCACGCUGAUCCGUCACAACCAGGCCCUGAUCUCACAGGCUCGCAACCUCCCGGACAUCUGCGACCGCUUCAAACAGACCACCAGAGGAGCCUUUGUGGAGGACUGCCACCCGUUCAUGCAGAACAUUUUUAAAGAACCAGGAAGCCUCUCCAUGGCGACCAUCACCAAGCUGCGGGCGGUGUGCCGAGCGCGGAUUAUGGCCGAGUAAUCCUGACUCACCCCUUAAUUCUUCAAACAUUCCAGACUUGUAUUUGCACUGUCCUGUUGUUGUUAUUAUUUUUUUUUUUAAAUCCGAUGGCUGAAACUGUUCCCAACUUAAUAAUAAUAAUAAUGAUUAAAUAUGAAGUGAUGGCGGUACAGGGAACUAAAUUCUGUAUAGAACCUCAACACUAAGCUACACUACAGUAAGAAACCAGGGUCAUAUGCUUCAAUAUUCCAUCCAGUACACGUCACAUUUAAUCAUACGGACUUGCAGCCGAUGAGCCGAGUGACUUUAUUUAUUAUUUUUUUUUGGUGGGGGGGUCAUGAUUGGUGAUGGCACAAGUCUUUAAACGUAUCCUCAUGAUGUAGCGUCUCCUCCACAAGCUUGUACAGUUAUAUUUUGGUUACCUUGUACAUUUCUCCAGAUAGACCAUUUUGGGAUCUAUCAGAUUUUGAUGACUGUGAUAUGAAGAGCUCGGUACUGUUGCAUUAUUAUUUUUUUUUUUUUCCCCUAAGCACGUUUGUCUGAUAUCAUGUUUAAGUUGGUACUUUACCGAAGAUCAGGAAAUACAUGUCCUAAGUAGUUUUUUACAGGAAAUUCUCAAGACACCUGCGAUCACUUUACAGACGCGACGGGACGAGGCUUUUCUCGCGAUACAGUGCUGCAGUUUCUAAUGAACUCUGAUUGUGGGGUCUUGUUUUCUAAUGGGAUAAUAUUAAAGUAUCUGGAUUACAAUCAAAACCUACACGUGGGUGUGUUAUUUACGAUGUACCUAAGGCAACCUGAGCUGAUAGUAUCAUAUUUUCCGAGGGUAGAGGUGCUAACGUUCAUGACAGGAAAAACGGAUCCAACGCGAGCAGCCGGAAUGAUGAAACGUUUAAUUGAACAUAUUUAACUGCGAUCUGCAGAGAUGUUCCGAUUUUAUAAGCAACCAGCUAAGUGUCUACGCUUACUUUAUACCGCCGUUGGACAGAAUCUAAUGAAGGCUAAUAAAAAAAAAUAAAACAAAACAUUUUGCUUGACAAAGAAAAAUGUGUAAUGAUGGAUAUGAAAGUGAAACCUUCUGUGAGAAGUUUAACAUUUGAUGGAAGGAGUCUCCAGUGUCAUGACGUUUAUGGCUGCUCUAACAGGAAGUAACUUGUCUCACGGAUGCUCCAGACCAGUAAAUGUAGCUAUAAAGAGUUACAUAUGUCGUCUUUCAUUAAAAGAUAAACUGUAAUUGUGGUAUAAAAGGAAUAAAACAUUUCAGUGAAUGCUGUUAUGGGAAAAUAAUCAACUUUGGGGCAGUAAUAGAUUACAAGACAUAUAAUUGCAUACACUAACCAAAUGUUUGUGGACACCUGACUAUCGCACCCAUAUGUGCUUGUUGAACAUCUCGUUCUAGAUGUAGCCCCCCUACUGUACGCGGUUAUAAUAACCUCCAGUCUUCUGGGAAGGUUUUCCAAUAGCUGUUGGAGCGUGUCUGUGGGGAUUUGUGUUCAUCCAGCUACAAGAGCAUUAGCGAGGUCAGGCACUGAUGUUGGGUGAGGAGGUGUGGGAAGCAGUUCAUCCCAAAGGUGUUCAGAGGGGUUGAGGUCAGGCACUGAUGUUGGGUGAGGAGGUGUGGGAAGCAGUUCAUCCCAAAGGUGUUCAGAGGGGUUGAGGUCAGGGUCAGGUCGAGUUCUUCCACUCCAAUCUUGACAAACCGUGUCUUCGUGGUGCUCAGUUUGUGCAGCUCAGGGGUAUCGUCACACCGGAAUGGGUUCGGACCGUGUAGUUCCAGUGAGGUGAAAUUGUAACGCUGCAGCAUAUAAAGACGUUCUGUACAGUUGUGUGUUCCCAAGCUUGGGGAAGAACCACAUAUGCGUGUGAUGGUCAAGUGUCAACUUAUACACACACAAAAAAAAGACAUCUU